AUGACUCACGAGUCCGUUUACUACAGUCGUCCCAGGACCUAUGGCAAGGGAAGCCGCCAGUGCCGUGUCUGCGCACACAAGGCCGGUCUGAUCCGCAAGUAUGGUCUGCUUGUCUGCCGUCAGUGCUUCCGUGAGAAGGCUUCCGAUAUUGGCUUCAUCAAGAUAGAUAACGAACCCAUCCGCUCCAACCGCAUUGUGCGAACAAGCCAAAUCUAUACGAAGUCUCCUCAGAGACGGAUAUCUUAA